CGCCGCCGGUGUGCGACCGGAGCGAGCGGGAGCUAGGGGCGAGGCCGGGCGCGGGCGAGCCCAAGCCGUGACGGCAACAGCGGCCUGGGCCGGCGGGGGAAGGAUCAGGCUGCUAGAGGAGAGAGGGGGGAGGAGGCUAAUUCCGAGCCUUCCCGGCGGUGGCGAGGCGGGCAGCGGGACAACUGCGCUUUUUUUUCUUUUCCCCCGGCUUCUGGAGGCGAGCGGGGUGAGGCGCGCUGUUAUCGCCCUCCGCGGGGGCGUCUCGGAGCCUGCUGAGGCGAACGGAGAGGCCGCUCGGCCCCUCGGACGCGGCCCAUCCCCGCGUAGGCACCCGCCGCGCCCCCCACACGCCUUCCCGCGCCCCUGAGGCGACAGCGGCUCCAGGGCCCGCGUCUCUAUCCUCCUUGUCAUCAGCUGCCCGCCCGGGGCCGCCUGAAGCCCCGCUCACCCCCGCCGGAGAGGCGGUUUGGCUCCCGUGAGGGGUGGGAGGGGGGCGGGGGCGCCUUUUUCGGCGGCUCUUUUUUUUUUUAGUAUAUAUUUUUCUUCCCCUCCUGGUCUCCUCUGGGAGAGUGGGGCGCUGAGGUGGGCUCGGGGACUCCUCUCUGUUGCGGGAGGGGGUCUAUGGUUGAUAGCACGGGGGCGCUGGGGAAGAGAGCGAGGGGCUGAGGAGGGGGCUCGCCGCCGCGCCCGCCGCCACUGAGAAGCAGGAGGAGGAAGAGGCGAGUCACCAUUUGCUGCUCUCUGCCCCAACCAUGGAGAACGCGCACACAAAGACUGUGGAGGAAGUUUUGGCUUAUUUCGGCGUUAACGAAAGCACCGGGCUCAGCCUGGAGCAAGUCAAGAAGCUGAAGGAGAAAUGGGGCUCCAACGAGUUACCGGCUGAGGAAGGAAAAACCUUACUUGAGCUUGUGAUUGAACAAUUUGAAGACUUACUAGUUAGAAUUUUGUUGCUGGCAGCUUGCAUAUCUUUUGUCCUGGCCUGGUUUGAAGAAGGUGAAGAAACAAUCACAGCAUUUGUAGAGCCUUUUGUAAUCUUGCUUAUAUUGGUAGCCAAUGCAAUUGUGGGAGUGUGGCAGGAAAGAAAUGCUGAAAAUGCUAUUGAAGCUCUUAAAGAAUAUGAACCAGAAAUGGGCAAAGUAUAUCGACAAGACCGAAAAAGUGUACAGAGGAUUAAAGCAAGAGACAUUGUCCCGGGUGAUAUUGUAGAAGUGGCAGUUGGAGACAAGGUUCCUGCUGAUAUAAGAAUUACUUCUAUCAAGUCUACAACUCUAAGAGUAGACCAGUCAAUUCUCACAGGUGAAUCUGUGUCUGUUAUUAAGCACACUGACCCUGUGCCUGACCCUCGUGCUGUAAACCAAGACAAGAAGAACAUGCUUUUUUCUGGUACCAAUAUUGCUGCUGGUAAAGCCAUGGGAGUGGUUAUUGCAACAGGAGUAAACACUGAAAUUGGCAAAAUUCGUGAUGAGAUGGUGGCUACUGAACAAGAGAGAACCCCACUCCAGCAGAAACUGGAUGAGUUUGGAGAGCAGCUGUCUAAAGUCAUCUCGCUUAUCUGCAUCGCUGUUUGGAUCAUAAACAUUGGUCACUUCAAUGAUCCAGUUCACGGUGGCUCCUGGAUUCGAGGUGCUAUCUAUUACUUUAAAAUUGCUGUUGCUCUUGCUGUUGCUGCUAUUCCUGAGGGUCUGCCUGCUGUCAUUACCACCUGCUUGGCUCUUGGAACCCGGAGGAUGGCCAAGAAGAACGCUAUUGUUAGAAGUCUUCCCUCUGUGGAAACCUUGGGUUGCACCUCAGUUAUUUGUUCCGACAAGACUGGUACUCUGACUACGAAUCAGAUGUCAGUCUGCAGGAUGUUUAUCCUGGACCGGAUAGAAGGAGAUAGUUGUUUUCUGAACGAAUUUACUGUCACUGGUUCAACAUAUGCUCCCAUGGGAGAAGUGCAUAAGGAUGACAAACUUAUUAAAUGUAGCCAGUAUGAUGGUCUUGUGGAACUUGCAACGAUCUGUGCGCUCUGUAAUGAUUCCUCUUUGGAUUACAAUGAAGCUAAAGGAGUCUAUGAAAAAGUUGGUGAAGCCACAGAAACAGCGCUUACCUGUCUGGUUGAGAAGAUGAAUGUGUUUGACACAGACCUGAAAGGACUUUCUAGGAUUGAACGUGCAAAUGCUUGUAACUCGGUGAUAAAACAACUCAUGAAGAAGGAAUUCACUCUGGAAUUCUCAAGAGACAGAAAAUCUAUGUCUGUCUAUUGUACACCGAACAAACCGAGCCGCACAUCCAUGAGUAAGAUGUUUGUUAAGGGUGCCCCUGAAGGUGUAAUUGACAGAUGUACACACGUCCGUGUUGGAAAUGCUAAAAUACCAUUAACCUCAGGAAUUAAGCAGAAAAUAAUGUCUGUCAUUAGAGAAUGGGGAACUGGUAGAGACACACUACGGUGCUUGGCUCUGGCAACCCAUGACAAUCCACCCAGAAAAGAGGAAAUGAAUCUUGAGGACUCCUCAAAUUUCAUUAACUAUGAGACCAACUUGACCUUCGUUGGCUGUGUGGGUAUGCUGGAUCCCCCAAGGAUUGAAGUAGCUUCAUCUAUAAAGUUGUGCAAACAAGCUGGUAUUCGAGUUAUUAUGAUUACUGGCGACAAUAAAGGCACAGCAGUUGCUAUUUGCCGCCGCAUCGGUAUCUUUGUGGAAGAUGAGGAUGUUUCCACAAAAGCCUUUACUGGUCGUGAAUUUGAUGAACUGUCACUUGCUGCCCAGAGAGAUGCUUGUCACCAUGCCCGUUGCUUUGCUCGUGUAGAGCCUUCCCACAAAUCUAAAAUUGUUGAGUUUCUUCAGUCUUUUGAUGAGAUUACAGCUAUGACUGGUGAUGGUGUCAAUGAUGCCCCUGCGCUGAAGAAAGCAGAAAUUGGAAUUGCCAUGGGUUCUGGUACUGCAGUGGCUAAAACUGCUUCUGAAAUGGUCUUAGCAGAUGACAAUUUCUCAACUAUUGUAGCUGCUGUGGAAGAAGGACGUGCAAUUUAUAACAACAUGAAACAGUUCAUCCGUUACUUGAUCUCCUCCAACGUUGGAGAAGUUGUUUGUAUCUUCUUGACUGCAGCCCUGGGUUUUCCUGAAGCUCUAAUUCCUGUCCAACUGUUAUGGGUAAACCUUGUGACGGAUGGUCUCCCUGCUACUGCUCUGGGCUUUAAUCCUCCUGACCUUGAUAUCAUGAAUAAACCACCACGCAAUCCGAAGGAGCCCCUUAUCAGUGGAUGGCUCUUCUUCCGUUACCUGGCUAUUGGAUGUUACGUUGGUGCUGCCACAGUGGGUGCUGCUGCUUGGUGGUUCAUCGCUGCCGAUGGUGGGCCAAGAGUUUCCUUCUAUCAGCUGAGCCAUUUUCUGCAGUGCAAAGAGGACAAUCCAGACUUCUCUGGUGUUGACUGUGUGGUUUUUGAGUCUCCCUAUCCAAUGACAAUGGCUCUGUCUGUACUUGUCACCAUAGAGAUGUGCAAUGCUCUCAACAGUCUGUCAGAAAACCAGUCCCUGAUGAGGAUGCCCCCGUGGGAAAAUAUCUGGUUGGUGGGAGCCAUUUGCUUGUCCAUGUCACUCCACUUCCUUAUCCUUUAUGUGGAGCCACUGCCAAUUAUCUUCCAGAUCACGCCUUUGAACGUGACACAAUGGCUGAUGGUAUUGAAAAUCUCCCUACCUGUCAUUCUGCUGGAUGAAACACUUAAAUAUGUGGCCCGUAACUACCUGGAACCUGGUAAAGAUAGUGUGCGGCCUCCCACCAAACCCUGUUCCUUGUCAGCAUGCACCGAAGGAGUUUCCUGGCCGUUUGUGUUCAUUACUAUGCCCUUGGUUAUCUGGCUUUACAGCACAGACACUAACUUUAGUGAUAUGUUCUGGUCUUGACUGACAUGGUGACAAGUUUUACAUGCAAAGAAAAAGUUUAACUUAAUUUUUUUAUUGUUUAGAGCAACUGUCUAUUUCUGCUGAAUUUUCACAUGAACAUACUUGCCGGUGAUGGAGGUUUCAUAAUCUAGAUUUUGGUUUUCUUGCUUUUUUUCUGACUUCAGUGGGGGCAAUAUAUUCCUCUUUUAUACACAGUUAAAGUGUCCAUUGACAUGUACAGAGAACUAACACUAUUUUAUGCAAAUAUUUUUUUGUAGAUGAGAAGCAUGUACAGUGUUCUGUUCAAUAGUCUACUCGUCAUGUAUAAAAACAAACAAGGAAAUUCAUUGUUUUUGAGCCAGCGGACACUUACCAAAUUCGAUUGGCAGCAGAUUUUAGGGAAUGAGUGUGUGUCGUCUGAAACUAAAAAAGCAUGUUACUGUUUGUCUUCUGCAUGAUCAUCCAAACUUUAAUUUGUCAUAAAGUCAGGUUUUCUUCCAGAGCAGAGCUCCCUGCGCUGGGUAGGGAGCACUGCUGCCUCGGGCAGGGUUUCUUCUCUGUUUCCCUUCUUCCUGUUCCCUCACUCUCGGUUCUCAACUGUCCUUGUUUACACCAGUUUCUGUAUGAGGGAUGCCUGAUCUUGCUCGUGCAGAAAAUGCCAUUCCAGGUGCAGCCUGCUGGGGUUCUUCCAUACUCUCAACACACAUAGGGUUGCUUUUUUUUUAAAGAUUAUUUAUUUAAGUGUCUAUUGUAUUUUAUUGUGACAGACCUUACUUUGCCAGUGUUGCCCACGAUGCAGGGAUAGGGAGGGCUGCUUCUGUCUACUUAAAUCUAAACCAAACCUUUUUAACAAACACCAUCUGUUAUUCAAAAGAGGGUUUAAUUUGGGUUUUAAUACCUUAUUUGUGUCAGAUCCUUUUUCUUACCCACCCCCCCCCUCACCCCACCCUCCACUUAAGAUCAAAACUUGUGAUGAGACCUGGAAAAACAACUUGCACUGCAUAGCUAGAAAUUGGAUUUCCUACACUUAGGGCACUAAUGAUCAGUUGUAUACAUGGAGUUAUUCUGCUGGCCUGUUCUUAGCCUGACUUGAAGUAACAAGCUCGUGUGUGUUUUUUGUAAAAUCUGUAAAUAGCACAUGACCAAAUUGAACAUAUUGUAUAGAACUAUUUUUAUUUUGAUGUGGCACUAACCACCUUCAUUAUUACGGUAAAUGUUAAAGCAUGUUUUCAAAUUCAGUCCUGUAUCAACAACAUGUAAGUCAUUAACAGUCCUAACUGUGGUGUUUUUCUCCAAUGCCUUCCAACUUUCAUCGACUAAAGUGAGUAUUUCUCUUCCAUUUCACCAUGCCAGUGGUGACUUGCUGUAAAAUAGCAUAUGCUGUAUACGUGUUGAAGAAUAAAUAGUAAUUUCCUUCAUUCCCAUGCUGUGUUUUGUCAAACUCUGCUGUGCUACAUUAUUAUCACCACUUUAGGCUCUUUGUUUUGUGGUCUUGAAACUCAAAAUUGCUGAUUCCAAAGGCAAAGCGCUUGCUUUUGGUUUAGUGUUAUUUUAGGUCUUGUUUUGUAGUGCUCGGGAGCCUUGGUGCCCCGAGAUCUUACAGCUUUUGGUCUUAAGUUUGAGAUAAAAUUGGACAAAUCUGUAACUUAAGACACUGACAGCUGUUCACGUGAAUGUUUAGUGUCCAGAACACUCUGGUACUUGUGGUCAGGUGCUGGUUUACUCCAAAGCUUUUUCCUGCUCUGACAUAGGGGAUACCCCUCUGAGCUGACCACCCUUCCCUGGUAUCUGCAGCACUCACGGUGCAGGCACUCCUCUUUGCAAAAACAGCUUAUUGUUUCCAGCAAGUGGAAACACUUUGUACAGUGGCUAUAUAAAGAGACAAAAGAACAGUCUCGGCUUAACCAGAAUAGGCUUUGAAAUCAUGGUGGGGUCGCUGUGUCUUUGUGGAGUAGCAGGUGCUGUGUUAUCUUCUGCUGGCUCAGUCUGCUUUAGUAACCAAAUUGAAACAGCUUUCUGACUCCUCAUAGAGGAAGAUGAGAGUUAAAAGUUAUGCUCUGUUGGUGCCUGCUGGAAUCCAGUGAGCACAGAUAACUCUCUAGGUUUCAAGCCUUCAAAUAUAGAUGCUAACCUCAGAAUACACAGCUCCGAUCUGGAACUCCACUGCCUUGUGAACACUCGCUGUUUUAUGUAGGCUUUGGCUUGUUUCCAUUGAUGCUGAGGUGACUCAGGUAGGGGAGCUGGACCUGAUGAUGUCGUGGUGUGUUGCCAAACUGUCAGCAUUUAAAUCCCAUUGGAUGCCCUCUUUAGGGUGGAAGAGUCUGUCUUUGCCCAACUAAGGCCACUUGCUGUGUCAAUAAUAAACCAGCAGUACGAGACUUGACCCCGUUUCUUGAAACAGGAAGCUAAUAGGCCAUCUGAUUUAGGAUUCCUUGACAUCAAAAUAUGUACAAGUACAUUAUUUGUUGGAAACAAGUACUAGCAAGUUAGUUCAGUGUGUUCCCAAUGUUCCCGAGGGACAUUUUCUGGAGCAGGAAUGUGGCUGAGUCUUUGUGUGCAGGUUCUGUGGGAGCCUCUGAGCACCAUGUCUGUGGGCUUUGGAAAGCCAAGUAGCUGUUACCAUGAACAAUUCUGCUUCUGGUACAAUCCCAUUCCUGUCUAUUACACCAGAUAAUCCUGCUACACCCCCUUUCUCCCUGUCUCUAAGAAGUGGAAAGGGAAAGUGACUGUUGCUAAGUAGAAUUCAGUCUUCAACAAGUUCUCUGUUGAAGAUGAAUCUCGCUGUUGUGUCAUGGAUUGCUGGAGUGACAGCUGAGAGCUCACCCCUGGCCACCUCUCAUGGCACUUGCAUUAGUGCCUUGUCUUCCUUGGACUUUGCCAUUGAAGGCUGAUUCCUGGGAGGCAGAUGGAGUGGGAUCAUCCCUGCAGGUUCCUGAGGUUACAGGAACUUGCCUCUCCUUUCAUCUAGGGAGGCCAAGAAGAGAGGACUUUACAAUUUAGAACAGAAAUAUCUGCCAACAUCUCAAAGUUGAAACUCUUGCUUAGUUUCUUUAUCUCCUCCGUAUUUCCUCUCCAGCCUCCUCACUGUAUGAGGGUCAUCUGGGGAGAGAAAGUAGGUAAAACUCCUCUUGUACUGCAUUAGCCCUGUGAAUAUAUUUAUGGGAACACUCAUUGAAGCAGAAAUAGCUCAAAGUUACCCAGGUUUUAUCUCUUGCCUUUGUUUGUAGAAAGUAACUUUAUACCUUCUGUUUCCCUUUGCUCUUGUCUCAUGGAGCUGCUUCAUCUCCACCGUUUUCCUUACUGUCCUUACAGACUGCUGCUUUCUAGUGAGAGGUGUGUUAAGACUAGGAUCAAGCCAGUGAUUGGUGGUACCUUAUACCAGGAACACCAGGAAGGAUACCAGCUUAUCCUGGGAAACCAGUGGGCUUUGGUAUGAGAGCUCCUCUUGAAUUCAGGGUUCUGCAGGCUGGGGCCCAAUUCAGAGCAACGAAAACGGGUCAGGCAGCUGCAGUCCUCUGUCAAAGAUUUAGACAGGGGCUUUUAUUUUUGUGGUGCCAGGGCCCCUUCUGCUUUCAAAUGUGAGUGAUUCAAAGUCCUGUUUGUGAGCUACACAACAAGCUGCUCCUCACUGGCAUCCACGCAAUAAAAAUAGUUCAUACUUGGUUUCCUAAGGUAUUAUUGCCACUAAAGGAGUGUGAGAGAGGCUGCAGAGAAAGAUGUUCCAGUCUGUCAGGAUGGGAGGAGGCUUAUGUUUGUAGGAAGGUCAUUUUUGGAGAAGGCUAAUGGUAAGAGGAGUUGUUAAUCUGAUGAUAAAAUGCAGUACAGCAGUGGUGUCCCUGGUGCGAGCACACAGCCGCUGCACAGACUGUGCCUGGCAAACGGCUUAAAGACGGUUCUGUUUGCCCAGAUGAAGGGAGGUAAAAUGGAUACAAAGUUGUCUGUCUUGCACCUGUCUCGUUUCCUUUUUUGCACUUCUAACCAUUAACUGUUUCCCUAAUCUCUGCUAAUUACAUCCUUAAUUGCAUUAAUAUGCAUUUUCAAAUCUUAGCAGGAGAGCCUAAAUUUUCUAGUGUAGAUGAGGUGUUUUGAAGAGCCACCAUCAAGCUGUAGGGAAUCAGAGGCCACUUGUUCUCUCCUAGACACGAGGCUUAACCCCGUGCUGGUGCGUGGGGGCCAGGUACAGCAGCAGCCUGUGGUGGCUGAGCUCUGCCCUCGGCCCACACACCGACCUGUCUCGUUUAGUGACACCUUCAAAGCUUUCCUACUGCUUCCCAGAAUAAGCUGCAUCGCUUGGAAAAGGGACAUUGUUAGGUCGCUUUGGGGCUGGAAUUGCAAUGGAAUACCUUGAUUAGAGAAAAAAACAAACCACCUUUAUGUCACCUAAAACAACCUGACCUCAAACUGUGCAGUAUGGAAGUUGAAAGUAAAAACUACCCAUCCUGGAGCCCCAGCAGAGGAAGGCAAACGCUGUCUGAAGGCUUCUGUGUUCCUUUUCACUGCAGUCUCUGGGGCAAGCACUGCCUCUGCUGAGCGUAACGGGGCUCUGCUGCCUUCAGACAGUGUAAGGUUCCAGGCUUUGAGAACCAGAUAACCUGAGAGUGUCCCUUGGACGACAGAGCAGCCAGUUACCAACCUUAACAUUCUUUCUGCUGUCACUGUUGAUCUUAGUCUUGCUUGUAAAGUGAUACUCAGCCUUCAUCCUUUCAUUAACUGAUGCCUUUUCUUUCUUUCCUUUUCAGCAAUACUGGAGUAAUCGCUUCCUAAACAAUUUUGCAGAAAUGUAAGGUUGUUUUGUUGCGUGCAUGUGUUUUUAGCAACACAUCUACCAAAACCUUCUGCAUGUAUCAUGUGUAAAAGAUUCUUUGCUUUCCCUAAACCAAAACUCAUUGUGUUCUCUGUGGAAGAAACGUGUGGUACCAUUAGGACUUCAUUACCCAGCCGUACAAACGUGCAAUAUAGCUUACGAACGGGCAACUCUCUCCAGAGAAGUUUGGUUUCUGUGCUGCAUGGAGAAGAGUUUGUUUAUCCUUUGAACGAGAAUUGUGGAGCUGGCAGCCAAUUUUUUCCCAUCUUUCUGUAUGUAAAAUGUCAGUUUAUACAAUGUACAAUAUCAAAGUAAUGCAUGCCUUUGGGUUGUAGACAAAUCUUGCUCUGUAUUGUAUCAUCCAACCGUACUCCUCUCCAACGGCUUCUGUACAAUGCUGUAGCCUAUUUAUAAAGUCAUUGAAACGAUUACCAAUGAAUGUUAAACCAUAAAAGCCUCCAGCUCAAAACUUUGGAUUUAUUUUUGUUUUUCAUGUGUGCAAAUCGACCUCUUUUGCACUGUCAUGUCACUUAUUUAAAUCUAAGGCAGUAAGGCAGGUGUUGGUGCAAUCCAAAAACCAUCGCGAUGCGUUUGUCUCAAAAGCAACGAGCGCCGUAGCCGGUUCCCACAACUGCAUGUACGACCUCUAGAAGUUGUAAAUAAGAUCCAACUGUCUGUUUCCAUGCUGACAGCGAGAGGCAUCACACCUAGUUUCAUUUGUAUCAGGUAAAUAAAUCUAUUCUACAAUA